AUGGAAUCAUACAAUACGUGGUCUUCCUCGCUUCGUGUACUGUUUUUAAGGUUUACUCAGGUUGGUUCUUUUUGUUGGAUCCUUCAUUUUAUUUACUCGUUAAUGGAUGGACAUUUGGGUUGUUUCCAUUUUCCUGCUAGUAUGAAGAAGGCUACUGUGAAUGUUCAUGCUCAGGUUUUGUGUGGAUAUGUUCUCUUGGGCAUGUACCUAAGAGUGGAACUGCUGGGUCAUGUUGUAACUCCUUCCUCACUACUUUGCUAUCAAAGUGAUGUUCAGAACCCAAAUUCAGUGCUACUUCCAUAG